UAACCUUUUUUUGGGAAAGAAAGAUAAAUUUUUUUUUUUUUUUAAAAAAAGCGAGCCUAGAGGUCGCUGUGGCCUGUGGUGGUCUUGCUUUCUCCUUUUCUUACUCGCAUCCAGCGCGCAACCUUAUUCUCCCCUCUUGCCUGUUACCGGCCACUAGACAGACCCAACCCCCCCCCCCCCCCCCCCCCCUACCACCGCAACCACUACAACCACCGUGCAUCGAAUUCCUGUUGCAGAUUUCUCCGGCCACCGCCGUGCAACAAUUGCGAACCACCGCGAUAAAAGUGAUAAAGAUUAUUGGGCAAAAAAAGCUCUUUAAGCUUACAUAGUUUUCUCUCAAAUUGAAUUGGGGAGUGUUUAAAUACAGAUGGGUAACAUUUUUGUGAAGAAACCCAAGAUCACUGAGGUUGAUCGUGCAAUUCUCUCUCUUAAAACUCAGAGACGCAAACUAGGUCAAUAUCAGCAACAGCUUGAAGCUGUCAUCGAAGCUGAAAAACAAGCCGCAAGGGACUUGAUUCGUGAAAAGAGAAAAGAUAGAGCCUUGCUUGCAUUGAAGAAGAAGAAGGUGCAGGAAGAAUUGCUUCAGAAAGUUGAUGCUUGGCUAAUAAAUGUUGAGCAGCAAUUGGCAGAUAUAGAAUUAUCCAGCAAGCAGAAGGCUGUUUUUGAGAGCUUGAAGGCGGGAAACAACGCAAUGAAAGCAAUACAAAGUGAGCUUAACCUGGAUGAUGUUCAGAAGUUGAUGGAUGAUACUGAAGAAGCGAGAGCCUAUCAAGAGGAAAUAAAUGCCAUAUUGGGGGAGAAAUUAUCUGCUGAUGACGAGGAAGAAGUAUUAGCAGAAUUUGAUAAUCUAGAAGCACAGCUUACUGUACAAGAUCUACCAAAAGUUCCCACUGCAGUUCCUGAAGAAGAAGAGAAGUUGGAUCUACCCGACGUUCCUACCAAGGCUCCUGUUGCUUCAAAUAUGACUGAUGAUAUUGAGGAGGUUUCAGAUAAAGUUCCUGAAAAGAGAAAAGUUAUGGAAGAACCAUUGCCUGCAUACCCUGCUUAAAGACUUCGGGGCUGACCGUGGAGCGCGAGUUGAAGACACAACACAACCCUUCUCAUUGAUUGAUUUGGUGUUUCAACUGAAAUCAUGUUCAAAAUGCCUAUGUUUGUGCUCCAUUAAUUUUUUUUUUUUCUGGUCAUGUAUAGUAUUGCAGUUGUGUACAUUAUUAUCUUUAAAUCCCAUUCCAGCUAAUCAGGAAAUCAGCUGUUUGAAUCUUAAAUUUGUACAGAUUUGCAUCUAUAUAUUCGAGUUACAUUUACUUUUUUGAGAACUAAAACUCUGGAUGACCUAUAAUUUCUUGUUCUAGGCUAUUGAUUAUUGUCAUCA